AAAGUGCUGUGUCCCGCCGGUACCGGGUGGAUGGAGCUGAGUUGCGGAGUGGGGGGCAGCGCGGCAGCACCUCCGGGGCCUGGACCGCCCACCCCCGCCGCUGGCGCCGCCGCUCCCGGGCAGCCAAUGGAGAGUGAGGACUACGAGAGCCUGCCCAGCGGCGCCUCGCUCGGCACCCACAUGAUGGCCGGGGCGGUAGCUGGCAUCAUGGAGCACACGGUCAUGUACCCGGUGGACUCGGUCAAGACCAGGAUGCAGAGCCUGCAGCCGGACCCCAAAGCCCAGUACAGGAGUGUCUACGAAGCUCUGAAGAGGAUUGUGCUGACAGAGGGCUUCUGGAGGCCUUUACGUGGGAUUAAUGUCACCAUGCUGGGGGCUGGCCCUGCCCACGCCAUGUACUUCGCCUGCUAUGAGAACCUGAAAAAGUCCUUAAGUGACACUCUGCAGCAGGGAGGCAACAGCCACUUGGCCAAUGGUAUAGCUGGGAGCGUGGCCACGCUGCUCCACGACGCAGUGAUGAAUCCUGCUGAAGUGGUGAAGCAGAGGAUGCAGAUGUUCAACUCCCCCUACAAGUCUGUCCUGGCCUGCGUGAGGACGGUGCAGAGGACGGAAGGCUUUGGGGCCUUCUACCGCAGCUACACCACCCAGCUGACCAUGAAUGUCCCCUUCCAGGCCAUUCACUUCAUCACCUAUGAGUUCAUGCAGGAGCAGAUCAACCCCCACCGGGACUACAACCCCCAGUCCCACAUCGUCUCUGGCGCCGUCGCCGGGGCCGUGGCCGCCGCCGCCACCACUCCCCUGGACGUCUGCAAGACCUUGCUCAACACCCAGGAGAACGUGGCCCUGAGCUCUGUGAACAUCAGUGGCCACCUCUCGGGCAUGGUGAACGCUUUCAAGACUGUCUACCAGCUGGGAGGGCUGCCAGGGUACUUCAGAGGGGUGCAGGCUCGAGUCAUCUACCAGAUGCCUUCGACGGCCAUCGCCUGGUCCGUCUAUGAGUUCUUCAAGUACUUCCUCACGAAGCACAAGCUGGAGAGGAGAACAUCCUUGUGAAGCACUCGGCCCCAGGAGUCAACACCAGCCCCCUGGGGUCCUCCUCUGUGUGUGUCUGCAUCUGCAUGUGUGCCUGCAAGCCAGCCAG